CGCAGGACUGCUCCCGGCCCGGAUCUCUAUGGCAGCGGCGUCGCCGUGGGCCGGGCCCCCGCGAUCCCGCCCGGGCCCUGCUGCCUCAACAACCGCCCCCACUGCCCCUUCUCGGGCAUGAACCGGGCUUCUUGUUGCCGCCCGUUGCCCUACCCGCCGCUGCCGCCGCAUCCCGACCCUGGGCCAGCGCUGGGAACAUGCCCCUGGCCGCCUACUGCUACCUGCGGGUCGUGGGCAAGGGGAGCUACGGAGAGGUGACGCUUGUGAAGCACCGACGGGACGGCAAGCAGUAUGUCAUCAAAAAACUGAACCUCCGAAAUGCUUCUAGCCGAGAGCGGCGAGCUGCUGAACAGGAAGCCCAGCUCUUGUCUCAGCUGAAGCAUCCCAACAUUGUCACCUACAAGGAGUCAUGGGAAGGAGGAGAUGGUCUGCUCUACAUUGUCAUGGGCUUCUGUGAAGGAGGUGAUCUGUACCGAAAGCUCAAGGAGCAGAAAGGGCAGCUUCUGCCUGAGAAUCAGGUGGUAGAGUGGUUUGUACAGAUCGCCAUGGCUUUGCAGUAUUUACAUGAAAAACACAUCCUUCAUCGAGAUCUGAAAACUCAAAAUGUCUUCCUAACAAGAACAAACAUCAUCAAAGUGGGGGACCUAGGAAUUGCCCGAGUGUUAGAGAACCACUGUGACAUGGCUAGCACCCUCAUUGGCACACCAUACUACAUGAGUCCUGAAUUGUUCUCAAACAAACCCUACAACUAUAAGUCUGAUGUUUGGGCUCUAGGAUGCUGUGUCUAUGAAAUGGCCACCUUGAAGCAUGCUUUCAAUGCAAAAGAUAUGAAUUCUUUAGUUUAUCGGAUUAUUGAAGGAAAGCUGCCACCAAUGCCAAGAGAUUACAGCCCAGAGCUGGCAGAACUGAUAAAAACAAUGCUGAGCAAAAGGCCUGAAGAAAGGCCAUCUGUGAGGAGCAUCCUGAGGCAGCCUUAUAUAAAGCGGCAAAUCUCCUUCUUUUUGGAGGCCACAAAGAUAAAAACCUCCAAAAAUAACAUUAAAAAUGGUGACUCUAAAUCCAAGCCUUUUGCUACAGUGGUUUCCGGAAAGACAGAAUCAAAUCAUGAAGUAAUCCACCCCCAACCACACUCUUCUGAGGGCUCCCAGACAUAUAUAAUGGGUGAAGGCAAAUGUUUGUCCCAGGAGAAGUCCAGGGCCUCUGGUCUCUUGAAGUCACCUGCCAGUCUGAAAGCCCAUACCUGCAAACAGGACUUGAGCAAUACCACAGAACUAGCCACAAUCAGUAGGGUAAAUAUUGACAUCUUACCUGCAAAAGGGAGGGAUUCAGUGAGUGAUGGCUUCGUUCAGGAGAAUCAGCCAAGACAUUUGGAUGCCUCUAAUGAGUUAGGAGGUAUAUGCAGUAUUUCUCAAGUGGAAGAGGAGAUGCUGCAGGACAACACUAAAUCCAGUGCCCAGCCUGAAAACCUGAUUCCCACGUGGUCCUCUGACAUUGUCACUGGAGAAAAGAAUGAACCAGUGAAGCCUCUGCAGUCCCUAAUCAAAGAACAAAAGCCAAAGGACCAGGAUCAAGUUGCUGGUGAAUGUAUUAUAGAAAAACAGGGCAGAAUCCACCCAGAUUUACAGCCACACAACUCUGGGUCUGAACCUUCCCUGUCUCGACAGCGACGGCAGAAGAAGAGAGAACAGACUGAGCACAGAGGGGAAAAGAGACAGUUCCAAGAGUCGCCUCCUCGAUUUUUCCCUUCUCAUCCCAUUGUUGGGAAAGUGGAUAUCACAUCAACACAAAAAGAGGCUGAAAACCAACGUAGAGUGGUCACUGGGUCUGUGAGCAGUUCAAGGAGCAGUGAGAUGUCAUCAUCAAAGGAUCGACCAUUAUCAGCCAGAGAGAGGAGGCGACUAAAGCAGUCACAGGAAGAAAUGUCCUCUUCAGGCCCUCCAGGGAGGAAAGCUUCUCUGAGUGUAGCAGGGCCAGGAAAACCCCAGGAGGAAGACCAGCCCAUGCCUGCCCGACGGCUCUCCUCUGACUGCAGCGUCACUCAGGAAAGGAAACUGAUUCAUUGUCUGUCUGAGGAUGAGUUAAGUUCUUCUACAAGUUCAACUGAUAAGUCAGAUGGGGAUUACAGGGAAGGGAAAGGUCAGACAAAUGAAAUUAAUGCCUUGGUACAACUGAUGACUCAGACCCUGAAACUGGAUUCUAAAGAGAGCUGUGAAGAUGUCCCGGUAGCAAACCCAGCGUCAGAAUUCAAACUUCAUCGGAAAUAUCGGGACACACUGAUACUUCAUGGGAAGGUUGCAGAAGAGGCAGAGGAAAUCCAUUUUAAAGAGCUACCUUCAGCUAUCAUGCCAGGUUCUGAAAAGAUCAGGAGACUAGUUGAAGUCUUGAGAACUGAUGUAAUUCGUGGCCUGGGAGUUCAGCUUUUAGAGCAGGUGUAUGAUCUUUUGGAGGAGGAGGAUGAAUUUGAGAGAGAGGUACGUUUGCAGGAGCACAUGGGUGAAAAGUAUACAACUUACAGUGUGAAAGCUCGCCAGUUGAAAUUUUUUGAAGAAAACAUGAAUUUUUGAGCAUUUGUCCUAAUCUGCUGCCAGAAUUAAAGACCUAUUUUUAGAGGUGUUUGGCUUAAAAAACAAGGGCAAACAGUCAUUUGGAAGCCAUUCACCACUGUUUUAUAUCUCUUUUUUAUAUCUCUUUGGGGUUUUCCUACAGAAAAGAAAUUGGACAGAACAGAAUAUGAAGCAGGAUCACGAAAGAAAAAAAACUUUGGCUUUCAUAUUCUCUUUAUGAGGACAAAUCUGUUGUUUGUUUGUUUGUUUACUGAGCCUUAAUCCACCAAGUUUAUAUUUAGAAUUUUAUUUUUUUAAGGUACUAAUUAACUUAAACACAGAGCUAUAAAAUGCUGGAUUGAAAAUUUUAUAUUGUAAUGUAGAGAUAAAAGCAAUAGGAGAAACAUGACAUAAUAUGUCAUCAUAAUUCCUGCUAGUGUUAAUAACCUUAAGGAGUAGUUGAUAAAUUAUAAAAUUUUAAAAAGUCAAUUCACAGUUCUAGAAAUAGAUUUAAAGAAUAUGAAGUUCUAUCUAGUACUUGAGCACCUGAAUUUCUUUUCUACACAUUGAUGGACUUUUAAUAGUCUCAUUUAAUGUAAACCUCAUCUAGAGUAUAUACAAAUUAAAACUGAGACACAUUGGCUUUGUAAAUCAGUAUGUUUUUACAUAAUGGUUUUGUUAGAUUUAUUUUUCCAUCAGUGAAAACAUUUCUUAAACACAAAUUUCAUUUCCAUUUAAGCAAUUUGUAAGCAAAGUCCAGGUCCAUUUAGUUUUUGGAUAUAUUUAAUGUUUGUCUCCUGAAGUUUGUCUUCAUGUACUCUAAGAUAUUAGCUGUCUUUCCAUGUUUUAAAUGUAUGAUUAUAUAGCACAUAUUUUAUUAGUUGUUUAAUAAGAGGUGAUACCCAUCUAGGAAAGAAAUUUUAUGAAGUUAAAUACAAGUCUUGAAUAGUACAUUUUCACUUCUGUAUUCGAGGGACUCUAAAAAUAAAUAUUGCUCCAGAAAUGUU